GCUCGCCUUCCACUCACGUUCAUACACCUUCCACUCAAACAGGGAUACUUGAGAACAGCAAUUCAAGACUCAAAACUUCCGAAAUACUAGACAUAUCGCAGUCAGAAUGGGGAAAGUUGAAGGAGGAAUGAAAUGUGUGAAGUACCUUCUUUUUAUCUUCAACUUCUUGUUCUGGCUUAUGGGCUCGUUGGUGCUGGCAGUUGGUCUUUGGCUAAGGUUGGAUCGCAACACGAUGACGCUGUUGGGAGAUGAUAUGGCACCAGUCACUUUUUACAUUGGUGUGUACAUCCUCAUUGCUACAGGAGGUCUGGUGAUGCUGGUUGGAUUCUUUGGUUGCUGUGGAGCAGUGCGUGAAUCACAGUGUCUGCUGGGCUCGUUUUUUGCCUGCCUCCUGAUUAUCUUUGGAGCCGAGGUAGCCGCUGGAGUGUUUGGAUUCUUAAAUAAAGGAAAGAUCAUUUCCGACAUCCAGAAUUUUUACACUGAGACAGUCAGGAAUGACAAUAACACAGAAAUACUGUCUGCCUAUCAUGACAUUUUGAAUUGUUGUGGGACAACCUCAGGAAAGUCUGCUGACUGUGCCGGCCAGCUGGAGAAAACUAAGACUUGUGACAGUGCCAUUGAAGAGUUUUUCAAUGAUAAGCUCUACAUCAUCGGAUAUGUAGGGAUAGGCAUCGCUGGAGUUAUGAUAAUUGGCAUGAUCUUCAGUAUGGUCCUAUGCUGUGCUGUAAGGAACAGUAGGGAGGUCAUCUAACCCCUCCUACCACACACACACGCUCACACACUUCUACGCAAUAUGUCACGCUUGUGUGGGAUGGCCUACAGCCUACGGAACGAAUAUCUUCAGCCCCCUUCUAAAAAAAAAAAACAAAAAACGUUACCCUCACCUCCCUUUAAAACAAACAAAGUUGAAUCAUCCAAUCCAUCAAAACUCACCCUUUUUGCCUCACCUACUGAUUUGUUUCUUCUCUAGGGUUGUUCUGUUCCAACUUUGUCACCUUUCAGAGGAAUCAGAGGGUUUUCCUUCAUUUGUUGCUCACCCGAUCAUAUUGUGAUCAAAAUAAGACAUUUCUAUAUUUACAAAUUAUCCACCAUUAUCAUGUGGGUACUACAAAGUUCUUGUUAGUGUCCCGGCAGUUUACUUCUUAUCCUCAGUCUUGUUUUAACUGUAAUCACUGAAGUAGUGUCACGAGAUUCAUCUUAAACUAUAUAUUUGCAGACAAACAUUUCUGUUCUAGGCAGCCCUGUGUGGUUGUCCAUGGCAGGUAAAAAUAUUUUGGAAUGUGAAACCAGCAGCUGUAUGGCAUGUGAACAGCCUCAGAGAAACUCUGACGGGUGAAUAGGUCAAAAGGAAAUCAGAUCACCCUAGGUCUGUAACACAUAUGAAACUACACAGGCAAACAAACAGACAUGUGCACACACACACACACAAGCAACUUGUCAACUCAACAACACGCACACACACACCUACACUUUCCCGUUUAGUGUCCACACACUUCCUCCCCCUCAAUGUGGGCAGUGUUGGUGGUGAACUUGACUCAGGACACCCAUAGUCUAACACACUUCCACCAAAUCUCUACCUUGGCUGUGUGGAACUGAAACCCCGCAGGGAAAGGAGAGAAGAGGCGGUAGCUGCAGUUAUGUAAUAGCCUGUGUAUGUCUGGUCUCUCCUGUCUGAAUGGUCAUCACAUACGUGAGUGUGCCAUGAGCUAACUUUGGAGUCGAAGUGAAAAACUCAGUCCUCUUUACACCAGCUCUAGAGGCUUCCCUGACUCCGUGCCUUAGUGACAAACUGCCCAACACUAUAUCUACACUGUCAAAAGAAAAGUCAAGUCUAAAUAGCUAGAAAGGAUGUGUUAGAAACACCUUUGUUUAAAGAGAUCACUUAAAAAAAAAUAGGUAAAUGGUAACAUUUAGCAAAAUUUGGCAUCUCCGUAAUUGCCAUCAUAACAGUUCAUAUCCCAAAAAGUAUCUUUUCUAAAACUCAGAUGUUCUCCAAUGUAUCCUUUUUAGUGUCUCUGAACACCUUUGUGCGUUUGCCACAAGUUUGUUGUUAUCAAACCACUUUCCUGUUCAUAGUGUAACCCAUUCAAAAAAUUCCUGACAUUAAGCCCUGCUCUUUUUGUGCAUAACUGUUGAAUUUUAGCAUCUUUUUUUUCUGAUCUGUGCAUGCUGUAGUGAAUUUGUGAUAUGCAGAUGAGCUGGAACAAAUAUCUGUUUGCACUAUUUGAAUGAUAAGCCCUUCUCUAUACAGAUGACUGCUCUCUUUACUUGUGGUGUGGAUAUCUCAGUGACUAGCGUGAGGGAAUCCGUUUCACUUUAGACUCUGCAAGGCAGUUUCUUUGGCACAUCAACACUUCAGCAUAGUCUUGUCUGAGUCCUGUUACGGUGUCCAAGGCUACAUGGAAAAUGAGUCUUGUAAGAGUAUUGUUAUAGGGCUGCUCGUUCAUUGCUUCAGAUUUAUAUUUGACCCAGGUCUGAUGUGCUGAUUGUGUGUAUAGAGGCAGCUACCAGCCAUUGUCCAGUAUAAAUGUGCUAGGUAAUGUUUUUUAAAAAAACAGUUACAUUGUAAUGUGCCUUUUUUGCUUUUCAUACAAAACACAGCAAACCAGCAACAUACAGGUUUGUCAGUCAGAAAAUGUAGGUUGCUAGUGUCAGAAUGUUUCCUGAUGUUAGAAAAAUAGGUCUGUUUUGUGUAUAUGGAUCAGGUACAUAGAUCAGUCUGAGAGAUACCUUUGCCAGUCAAAACUGCUGCUGGAGUCCCUGAUGAUACCCACAAGAGAUAAUAAAGUAGUAAUCCUUGUUAGCUGAACUGAAACUAGUCAUGUCAUUUAAAUGAAUAAAGUCAAAUUGUAAAGUAGCAAUGAAAACUGAGAGUCUAGGUUUGAUUACGGUUUGUUAUGUUAGUGUGUGGUUUGUACAAGAGCAAGAUGACUUGCUCCCCAUAGCGUCCUAGUUGAGUGCCUCCCCAGUAGUUUAGACUGUGAGGAAAGCUUUUGCUGUGCUAACUGUGUUGCAUUAUCAGUAAAAGCUGUGUUAUAGCCCAUGUUACUUGUUGUAAUUCCUUAUAUCUGUACGAAGGGUAAGAAAGACACUUUUGUACUGUAAACAUGAACAAAAUUGCAUUUAUGUUUCAUGUAGUUGUUGUAAUUGUUGUUGUCAUUGAAAUGUGUGUUCAAUUUAUUUAUUUGCUGAACAAUUUUGAGUUCAAAUGGCAUUCACACUUCUCAGGAAGAUCACUGUACAAGAACUAUUAAACUUUUCUGAAGUUUCUGA